ACACCAGAAAAAAUCCAAAUCACUUUUCAAGAAAAUUUUAGACUCGUCUAAAACCGAAACGAUGUCCGCUCCCGUUGUCGCCGCCCCCGCCCCGCCUCAGGAACAUACUCCCAUCCCCGCGCAAGAUGGCGCCGCGCCGGCUCCGCAGGUCGUGCAGCCGCCUGCGCCCGUCCACGCAUCGAUGCCAUACAGUGUACCCCCGGCAUCCGGCGCAUCUACGCCGUCUGCCUCCCUCUACGUUGGGGAGCUGGACUCGACCGUCACCGAAGCAAUGCUUUUUGAGAUCUUUAACAUGAUUGGACCUGUUGCUAGCAUCCGCGUUUGCCGUGACGCGGUGACGCGGCGCUCGCUUGGCUACGCGUAUGUCAACUAUCUCAAUGCCGCGGAUGGCGAGCGUGCACUUGAGCAGUUGAAUUAUUCUCUCAUUAAAAAUCGCGCUUGCCGCAUCAUGUGGUCUCAGCGUGAUCCAGCUUUGCGCAAAACUGGUCAGGGUAAUAUCUUCAUCAAGAACCUUGAUGAGCAGAUUGACCACAAGGCUCUUCACGACACUUUUGCUGCUUUCGGAAAUGUACUUUCUUGCAAAGUUGCGACCGACGAGAAUGGCCGAUCCCGUGGCUUUGGGUUUGUUCAUUACGACACCGCCGAAGCUGCCGAUACAGCUAUCAAGGCCGUUAACGGAAUGCUGUUGAACGACAAGAAAGUCUUUGUCGGCCAUUACAUUUCCAAGAAGGAGCGUCAGGCACAUAUUGAUGAGCAAAAGUCCCAGUUCACAAACCUCUACGUGAAGAAUCUCGAUACUGAAGUGACGGAUGAUGAAUUCAAUGACAUGUUCGCGAAAUUCGGCGAAGUCACGUCUGCUGUCGUUCAGAAGGAUGAAGAGGGCAAGAGCAAGGGCUUUGGCUUCGUUAAUUUCAAGGACCACGAGAGUGCACAGGCGGCUGUCGACGCGCUUCAUGACACUGAGCUCAAUGGCAAGAAGCUCUUCGUGACUCGUGCGCAGAAGAAGGCGGAACGUGAAGAGGAAUUACGCAAGUCGUAUGAGCAAGCGAAAAUGGAGAAGCUUAGCAAGUAUCAGGGCGCCAAUCUCUAUAUCAAGAAUCUCGAAGACGACAUGGAUGAUGACAAGCUUCGUGCCGAGUUCGAGCCGUUCGGUACUAUUACGAGCUGCAAGAUCAUGCGGGAUGAGAAGGGCACCUCUAAGGGUUUCGGCUUCGUAUGUUAUUCGUCUCCUGAAGAGGCGACAAAAGCAGUUGCGGAGAUGAACAACAAGAUGCUUGGCUCGAAGCCAUUGUACGUCUCGCCUGCGCAGAGGCGCGAAGUCCGUAGGCAGCAGCUUGAGUCACAGAUCGCCGCACGGAACAACUUUAGGAUGCAACAGGCUGCUGCAGCGGGUAUCCCGAACGCAUACCUUAACGGACCGAUAUACUAUCCCCCUGGCCCAGGAGGCUAUCCUCAAGGUCGGGGCAUGAUGGGUUAUGGCGGCCCACAACCUGGCAUCAUGCCGCCUCGUCCGCGUUACGCGCCAAACGGUCAGGGAAUGCCAAUGCCGCCUUAUGGUCAAGGUCCGCCCCAGGGCUAUGGACCCGUUCCGUCUUACGGACCCCGUGGUGGGCCUCGUGGUGGUCCCACUAAUGCAUCUCGUGUCGGCCCUGGACAAUCCCCUCCUGGUCCAGGGCCAGCACCUCUUCGUGGUGGACCCGCUCCUAACGGUGCUAGUGUGCGCCCUAGCGUUCCACCAGGUCCCAGUGUCGUUCCAAAUCGUGUUCCUCCCGCAGGUGCACCUGCCCCUCGCCCGCAGGCAUAUUCCAAGGCAGGCGUGCCUCCACCUCGUGGUGCACCUGCACCUGUCCAAGGCGGCCCAGCGACUCCUGCCACAGGUGCUGAGGCAUCAGCUGGGGAGGCAGACGUCCCGCAAAUCACACCCCAGGCCCUUGCCGCCGCAACGCCUAUGCAGCGUAAGCAGCUGCUUGGCGAAGCACUCUACAUGAAGAUUGUUCUGAUGGAGGAGGAGCUUGCUGGCAAGAUCACCGGCAUGUUGCUUGAGAUGGAAGAUGACGAGUUGAUGGGUCUGCUCGAUUCGCAGGAGGCUUUGACAGGCAAAGUCAAUGAGGCGAUCGCUGUGCUGAACGACUUCGCCGUUAAGGAGUCUGUUCAAGCAGCAGCUUAAAUUAUCUGACUUUAACGAUAUACUUGUGCGUGCAUGCGCGCUGUCCAUUCUUUCGUUUUCCUCUUGAGUCAGAUUAUUAUUCUCCCGUUGAGCCCCUUUCUAUCCAUGGCGUUCUUCGUUCUUCUCACCUGGAAUUAUGCUCGCCUUUCAUCUUCCGGAAUGGCUUGUGUCGGAUUCUUGCGGCAGCACUCAUUGCGUUAUGUAUCCCUAACCCCCCCCCCCUCUGUAUGCUUACUUUCCGUUAUCGCUGCCACUGCUAGUACUUUUUGUGUUGGCGUUGGUGUUGAUGUCGACUUGUAUGCCUUCCCUCCCUCCUUUCCUUUUUUACCCUUUAGACUUAGUUGGCGC